AUGCCGCACCUCGCUGUGCCCACUCACCGCCGUUCGUCAUUUCAGAAUCUGCCGUCUCCUACGCAAGUGGUGGUGGAUCCUGAGAUACAGUCAUUGUGCUUCCCGGCACUUCGUGUUGCACGGCGACCGACUAAGGCGAUGGAGCAGCCCAACCGCGACGCAGCUAGCGGUGGCGAAGAGGAACACGACUACACAUGGACGGAGCUCUGGCGAUCCUACGAGGGCGAUGCAGCCCGAGACACGUACCUUGCGUCGUUGCCGCACUACAUGCGCAGGAAGAACGAUCUCGUUUCCUGCUCGCUGAAGCACGACAGAGCUGAGGAGUCCCAACUAGCGCUAACCCCACACAGCAUGCGCUCGGUGCUGACAGAGUGUCGGUCGCAGCGCUGUACGAAGGCUGCUAGCCAGGCGGCUGGCGAGGCCGCCAGCGAGACGCCGGGUGUUGGUGCCGCUACAAAGUGA